CAAGUCCGUUGUUGUUGACACUCCGGGAUUGAAAAUGGCUGCCACCAACGGUGUCUGGUCUGAGAAAAUACUCCACCUUCUCCGCCGAAUGAACAACUUUUACUCGACAGGUUCGAGUCGGACUCGCUGCUUGAGGUUUGAGAUAGACGGAGCUCAGGUGGGUUGGGUUCCUCCUCAUGUAGCCUCUCUGCUGAGGCGUCACCCGCAGGUGUUCAGCCCGCCGCAGGGGGGCGCUGUUGGACUCUGUCCCGGUCUGGACUCGUACGAGAGCAGGUCGGAAGCUGUGGACGCUGUCCUCCGGAGUCUGAGACAGGAGGACUCCAUUACCUGCCUGAAAGGAUGGAGGGACGAGAAGUACAGCGUGAUGCCCGGAUGUUCUGACCCACCGCUGAUGUGGAUGGAGAGAGCAGCCACUAGUCUGUUUGGAGUUAAAAGGUACGGAGUCCACAUCAAUGGAUACACAGUCGGGGAGAGUGGGGAGGUUAGCAUGUGGCUAGCACGGCGCUCCAGGACCAAGCAGACAUACCCGGGUCUUCUGGACAACGUGGCGGCUGGCGGCCUGGCGGCUGGAGUCGGUAUCAGACACACUCUGAUCAAAGAGUGCCAGGAGGAGGCGUGCAUCCCAUCAGCCAUCGCUGCAACAGCUCGUCCCGUUUCAACAGUCAGCUACACCUAUGAAGACGAGGAGGGGGUGUUUCCAGAGAGCCAGUUUGUCUUUGAUCUUCAACUUCCUGCGGACUUCAGACCCCGCGUCGGGGACGGAGAGGUGCUGGAGUUCCACCUGCUGCCCAUAGAGAAGGUGAAGGAGCUGCUGGCCAGCGAUGACUUCAAACCCAACUCUGCCAUGGUGGUCCUAGACUUCCUCAUCAGACACGCCUUCAUCGAGCCAGACUCCGAAGCGUUCUAUCAGGAGUUGGUGUCGGGGCUCCACCAGACCUUAUGAACAGCAGGAGCUUCACGUGAUGCUGCUGGAGGAGGUGGACCUGGAAACCCGGGAGACUCCAGGCCCGGAGUUGUGGCUCACACGGUGACCAGUUUUUAACCCAGUUCCACUCGUCGCUCUCUCUCUGUAGCUCUAUUCAACCGACGAGGUCAGCUUGGAGAACGGGAGGUUCUACUGGGUUCUUGUUUACAUCUUCUGUCUUCAUUUAUUAUUUUAUUUGUGUUUUUAUGCCAAACAACCAGAUUCUAAUGAGACUUUCAGAACGGUAUUUUCUCUGCUACUGACUUUUGGAAUCGGUGAGGUUCAAGAUGGCUGCCAUAGACACACACACACACAGUCCCUUCUCUUUGGAUCACAUUAAAAAUGUUUGUUUCUGCUGUUUAGUUAUUUUAGAUUUCACUGUUAUCUGUUCUAUUUUGAAUCAAAACUUUAUUGAACUAAGUAGUAGGUAUACAAACAAACUGUGGCAGCACUACAGAAAUGUUACAUUCAAGUUAUUGUAGUGAAAAUAGUGAAAUAAUCUUUAAAGCUUUUUAUUUAGUGAUCCAAUUUUAUGUAAGAUGGUGUUUAAAAUUAGGUUUUCGGUUACUAUGCUUGCAUUUGUGGAGAUGGGGUUCAGAAUAAAUAACACAUUAAA